AAUCCCCACCUUCUAGCUACGCCAUUACCGAUAUCCCACCGGUGUGUUCGUUUCGGAUGCACCGAUCAGGCGGAGGGGUGACGGAGAUCCGGGAAGCCGGCGUAUAACGUCAGGUGAUUCUGUUCGGCUUGCUCGUACUUGGACUGCAAGGGUAGCGACAAAGAUGGCAUCUGUUUAUCCAUGAGUGCUUCUCUAGCUCAAGGCACGCCGGUCGAUGGUCGCCUCUUCUGGACAAGAUAUGCCGAGCCCAUAUUGCGUGACGAUUUCACCGCAUGGAUUCUCGAUGCUCUCGCAAAGCUUUAUGCGAGUAAAGGGUCAAUGUCCGUCAACCAAAGUCUUUACCCCUUACAAACAUGCAAUUUACAUCCAUGUCAGUUCAACGGAAUGGAAUCUUCCACGAAGCCAUGGAAGACGCCACAGGGCUAA